UCUAGAUGAAUAUAAAUGCUGAGCCGGCGUUUUAUUUGCAAAUUAAACAGAUAAAACUGAAAUCUAAAUCGGGGAAUUUUUAGAAUCGCUGUUCGAACAUAUGAUUUCUUUAUUGUUGUAAUGCGCCAUAACCUACAAUGUGACUGGUGUCCCAAUUAGAUAAAAUAAUGUUAACAUGGCUGUACAUAUUUUCGUUAGGAGAUUCUUUUUAAAUAAUUAUAGGCAUUUUAGUACAAAAUUUUCUAAACUGUUGGAAUAUAAGAAAUGCUGUAAAAUUCUAGGUGUUAAAGAAGGCUGUGAUCAGGAGGAAAUUAGGUCAGUUUAUCUAAAACUGGUUAAAAUUUACCAUCCCGAUAGUGGCAAUCCAGAGGCCAAUUCAGAUAAAUUCCAUGAAAUUGAUAAAGCUUUUAAAACGUUAAUUAAUAGAAAAGCUGAAGAAAGAUGGGACGUUGAUGAAGCUGUAAUAGCUGAGCAGGACAUUAAGCACACGGCACCGCAACACAGACAAUAUUUGAGUUAUGGAGGAAUCGGUUCGGGGACACCUUUUCAACGCGAAAAGCAAUACACGAAAGUACGUGCCAUGCAAGCGGCAGAGAACGUGUAUCAGCACCGCGUGGCCAAAGUGACGGCCGAAGAGAACACAUUGAUGGACAAGGCACCGCUCAAGCACAAAAUUAAGACCAAAUACGGGUUCGAUCGGUUGGUCGAGGAUCUGAUUCAGGAGUCCAUGUCAAAGGGCGAGUUCAGUAACUUGUCUGGGGCUGGGAAGCCACUCAGAAACGAACACAAUCGGAAUCCGUAUGUGGAUUUUGUCACGCAUAAAUUAAACGAGGUUUUAAUAGAUAACGGAUUCACCCCUGAGUGGAUCACUCUCCAAAAGGAGAUCAGAUCAGAAGCUCACCAUUUAAGGACAAUUUUAUUUUACGAACGUCAAUUCUUCAGCCCGUUUCCUUUGAACACAGACGAAAAUAUUAUAUGGAGCGAGAUUGUUUACAAGUACAAACAGAUGGUGGAUGAAAUUAAUAAAAAAAUUGCAAAAUUCAAUCUAGUCGUGCCAGUUUUGGACAAACAGAUGAUUCAAAUCAGUUUGGAAAAGGAGGCACAAAAGGCUAUAAAGGAUGGGAAAAGCUUCAAGGAUUUGGGAUUGAAGAGGCCAGUUGACAAAAACGAGCGCAGAAAUGACAUUAAAGAAGUUAAUAUUACUAAUUUUUUCAGUUUUAUUGAUAGUUUUUUUAAAAAUAAAUAAUUGUAGAUUGGAAGGUAUUGUACAUAUGUAUAUAUAAUAAAAUAUAUAGUUAUCCCGUUA